CUCUCUGCCUAGUGAAGUGUGUGUGGAGACAGAGCUGAAGGAAAAGUGUGAGUGGUGUGGAGUGGCUGUGUGGACAUGUCAUAGUUCACUCUGGGAGUCUAAUCAAGUCGGUGGAUGUAGUUAAGACUUGACAUAAUGGUUAAGAUGAGGACCCAGUUUGGACUCUUGAUUUUGCUGGCUCAGUGGGCGGUCCACUCUGAUGCCUGGUUCUGGUCCUGGACUGAUACAACAACCUUGGCCCCAACAGUAGAACCUGAGGGAUCUGGCAGUCCAGCAGGUAGUGGAGAACCACCUACAGAGAUGAUUGGAAAUGUUGGAGAAGACAUCGUUGAUGAAGGACAUGGGAUGGAAAAAGCUGUGCAGACUUCAGAUGAGAUUUCUGAGGCUCCUCAACUGACCACUGUAGUGCCUACAACACAACCAGAGAAUGAACAUGAAUCAAAAAAGAGCACUGCAGGGAUUUCAUCACACAAAAGUCAACUUGGUAAUGGCACAUCUUCACUAAAGGGUUCUAAAGGAUCUGUUAAUUCAAGCUUUACAGGAAAUGUAACGAGACUCAGAUUUGGGCUUGAACCGGAACUGGCAUCAGACAAUGGGUCUGCACCAGGAACUGAGACUAGUUGGCGAUCUGGAUUUGGAACCCAUGAGCCUCAACAAGAAGACAGUGGAGUCUCCCUGCUGCAACUCAUUGGAGAUCCUCCUCCGAAUGAGAUCACCCAAGUAGAUGGACCAGACAACACCCCCAGUUAUGUCUUUGGACCCGAUGCCAACACAGGCCAGCUGGCACGCGCCCACUUCCCGAACCCAUUUUACCGAGACUUUUCCCUCAUAUUCAACCUGAAACCAACCACUGACAAGGGCGGGGUCAUCUUCUCCAUCACGGAUCCCCGGCAGAAUAUUAUGCAUGUGGGCGUUAAACUCUCAGCCGUGCAGGGCAGCAACCAAAAUGUCAUCCUGUACUACACUGAGCCUAAGUCAAAGCGGUCCUAUGAGGCAGCCAGGUUCCUUGUGCCCUCCAUGUUGGACACCUGGACCCGUUUUGCUCUUGCUGUGAAAGAUGACAUGGUGUUGUUCUACUUCAACUGUGACACGGACCCCCUGGUGACACGCAUCAAGAGGGCGCCGGAGGACAUGGAGCUCGAGAGUGGUGCUGGGGUCUUUGUCGGGCAGGCUGGAGGGGCUGAUCCUGAGAAGUUCCUGGGUGUGAUCAGUGAGCUGAGAGUGGUGGGAGAUCCCUUUGCUGCCAACAGGCACUGUGAAGAGGAUGGAGAUGACUCAGAUAUGGCCUCAGGGGAAGGAAGCGGUUAUGUGGAAUCCAGACCUCCAAGACCAGAAGUGGAAAGACCCACGUGGACGACUUCUCGUCCAAAUUUAAGGCCCAUUCCACAACCACCAAUGACCAGGAAUGAGCACAAGGAGUUAUUCACUGCAAGACAGACUGCAAGUGACUCCCAGUACGUUUCACUUUCUGUGGAGUCCAGCCCUGUUCUUCAUGGGCCACAAGUUGGGGCUAAAGGAGAGAAGGGCGACAAAGGGGACAGAGGAGAGAAGGGAGACGGGGGUCCAGUUGGGCCAAAGGGAGAAGCAGGCUCUGGCUCCAGCUCACCGGGUGGAUCCCGCGGAGAGAAGGGAGAACCUGGGACAAAGGGAGAAAAGGGCAGUGCAGGCUUUGGCUAUCAAGGUCAAAAAGGUGAGCCAGGCCCGCCUGGACCCCCCGGUCCUCCAGGAUCUGCACCCGAGAACGCAGCUGGCAGUGACGGCGCAGUUGUUUCGAGAGUUCCUGGACCCAGAGGGCCACCUGGACCACCGGGUCCCCAGGGCCCUGCAGGAACUGAUGGAGAGCCAGGUGAUCCUGGUGAGGAUGGAAAAACUGGUCCUCAAGGACCUCCAGGCUUCCCAGGAACCCCAGGAGACUCUGGACCUAAAGGAGAGAAGGGAGACCGUGGAGAAGGUCAUCCCGGCCCCAGGGGACCUCCAGGUCCUCCAGGACCUCCUGGAGCAGGAUUCAGAUCUACCUUUGAGGAUAUGGAGGCCUCGGGAUUCCCUGAUCUAGAAUCUAUUCGGGGACUGCCAGGUCCCCCGGGCCCCCCCGGACCUCCUGGUCCUCCUGGCCCCUCUACAGCUGAAAGAGCAUCGAGUUCUGCAGCAUUUGGACCACCUGGAAAAGAUGGGGCACCCGGUCAACCUGGCUUGCCUGGCAUACCGGGUACUGAUGGCAAUCCUGGAGCUCCUGGUCCCAAGGGGGAGAAGGGUGAUGCAGGCGAGCUGGGUCUUCCAGGAGCAAUUGGAGAAAAGGGUGCUCAAGGAGACCGUGGUUUACCAGGACCUCAAGGACAGGCCGGAUUAGCGGGUCUGCCUGGACCUAGGGGACCAGUUGGGCCCCCUGGACCUCCUGGACCAAGUUAUCAUGUUGGUUUUGAUGACAUGGAGGGCUCUGGUGCUGGUUUCAAUGGACUUCCUGGUGUCAGAGGACCAGAUGGGAUACAGGGUCCUCCUGGAUUUCCUGGACUUCCAGGUAAACCUGGCUUGCCUGGUAGACCAGGUGAGAAGGGUGACGAAGGUCCUGCUGGAAGAGAUGGGCAACCAGGCUUGGAUGGCUUUCCUGGACCUCAGGGGCCAAAGGGUGACAGAGGAGACACAGGAGAGAGGGGUGAACCAGGUCGAGAUGGAACUGGACUUCCAGGUCCACCAGGUCCACCUGGACCACCAGGUCAAGUCAUCUACCAGACAUCAGGAAAUUUUGAUGAAGUUACUGGCAGAGCUGGCCCUCAGGGUGGGCCUGGUUUACCUGGUCGAGCUGGAUUUCCUGGUCCGAUGGGACCAAAAGGUGAUAGAGGAGAUCCCGGUCCUCCAGGCUAUGGUGAGAAGGGUGAUAAAGGGGAGCCAGGCUUAGUAAUUGGCCCUGAUGGAAAUGUUGUGAAUUUGGCACAGGUAGCCGGUCCAAAGGGAGACAGAGGAUCUCCAGGACCUGUUGGGCCCCCUGGACCAUAUGGGCCUCCUGGAUUGAAAGGGGAAAUUGGAAUGCCUGGAAGACCUGGUCGUCCUGGCAUAAAUGGAUACAAGGGUGAGAAAGGAGAGUCAGGGGUUGGCUCUGGCUUUGGCUAUCCUGGAGUCCCUGGCCCACCAGGACCACCUGGGCCACCAGGACCCCCCGGGCCAUCCAUUUCUUUAGAUCGUUUCAACCAGCGCUAUGAUGAAAGGAAUUAUCCAGCAAUUAAAGGAGAAAAAGGAGACCGUGGUGACCCUGGACUUCCAGGAAUCCCAGGAACAUCCCCUAAUUUUGACAUUUACGCAUUCAAGAAUGAACUGAAGGGAGAGCGUGGAGAAGCAGGUGUCAAGGGAGAAAAAGGAGAACCCGGUGGUGGAUAUUAUGACCCACGUUUUGGAGGAGUGCAAGGACCUCCAGGACCACCUGGCCUCCCAGGUCCCAAGGGAGAGUCCAUAAUUGGGCCACCUGGACCAUCAGGACCACAAGGCCCACCAGGAAUUGGUUACGAUGGUCGUCCAGGACCUCCAGGACCACCUGGACCUCCAGGGUCCCCUGGAUCAUAUCAGCCCAAUUAUCCUGUCACUGUCCCUGGUCCCCCUGGUCCUCCUGGCCCACCUGGUGCAUCCUCUGGAGUGACUGUUUUGAAUUCAUAUGAGACAAUGAUUGCUACUGCCAGACGAGAGGAAGAGGGCAGCCUCAUCUACAUCAUAGACAGAGCAGACCUUUAUUUAAGAGUACGCAAUGGACUGCGGCAAGUCAUGCUUGGAGAGUACAGUCCCUUCUUCAGAGAUCUGGAGAAUGAGGUGGCAGGAGUCCAACCUCCACCUGUGAUUCUGUACCCACAGUCCCAGGACCAGUCCCAGAACAAUGGCGCAGGCGAUUACUCUGAGGGCUUCACCUUGGCAAAACCCAUUAAUCCUCCAAAACCCACACCUGCAGACCCCAGAUACGUGCCAAAGUAUGAGCCCAGAUUCCCAGACCAGACACACACGGGUCAGACCUAUGAAAGAUUUGGCACCCAGCAGACUGAGGGAAGAUACCCUGUCACUCCCCAACGACACCCCGCUCCCCCUGUGCUGGGACCUGUUGGCCGUUUUGAGACAUAUGGAUCAGGACUGCAUCUCAUUGCCUUGAACACCCCUCAUACUGGUAACAUGCGAGGGAUUCGUGGGGCAGACUUCCUGUGCUUCCAGCAGGCUCGUACCGUGGGCCUAAAGGGAACAUUUAGAGCCUUCCUAUCCUCAAAGCUCCAAGACCUCUACACCAUCGUCCGCAGGUCGGACAGGGACAGUGUCCCCAUCGUGAACCUCAAGGACCAAGUGUUGUUUAGCAGUUGGGACACUCUGUUUGGUGACAGUGCCAACACAAUGAGGGAAAAUGUACCAAUCUACUCCUUUGAUGGUAGAGACAUCCUCAGGGAUAGCGCUUGGCCUGAGAAAAUGGUCUGGCACGGAUCAAGCAAGAAAGGCCACCGGCAAACAGACCAAUAUUGCGAAACAUGGCGGACUGGCGACCGCGCUGUGACUGGUCUGGCAUCAUCACUACAGAGCGGCCACCUCUUGCAGCAAAGCCCCAGUAGCUGCUCCGGCUCCUACAUCGUUCUCUGCAUUGAGAACGCCGUCAUAUCGCCCUCCAAAAAAUAAAUGCGUCCAUUCUCCAGCUACAUUUUUUUUUUUUUUUUUUUUUUUUUUUUUUUAAAUUCUGGGCCCUAGCUAAACAUCCAUUUUACAUCCAGACAGACAUGUUUUGUUCUUAAUUCCCUGAUAAAACAGCUUGUGAACAUGUGGCAUCCAAUGAACAGGCCCAGCGGCACUUCGCCCAGCAGGGAGACUUUGCAUUGUCUGCUCCGCCCCUCCGUACAUGCCAAAGAGAUGGGUCAAACAGAGGGGUGUUGGUCCUUUUUCUCUGGGGCAUUGGCACAUAUUUUCUUCAAGGGGCAGGACAACAGCAGAGAAGCUGAAAGCCUUCUCGAAUUGUAUCCCCUUUUUUAAAAACAAUUCUGUAUAUUACAUGUUUGUAAUUUGUGCUUUUUUUUUUUUUUUUAAUGUUAUCAGUGUUUUACCUUUUGUUUAAAAAAAAAUGCUAUAUCCAUUUUUUUCACAUCAUAGGUAUUGAUAAUUUCCACAUUUUGUUUCCUAAUUCUUGUUUAGAAUUGUGGGUUGUGAUGGGGUACAGCAGACUUUUUAAGGACUAUUUUAAAUUUAAAUAAGAUGAUAGAUAUUUAUUUUUAAAUAAAGUUAUGUAAGUAUAAAAAUGGCAAAUUAAAAAAUGCUGAAUAACCUCAUUCAUAAUCUACAAAACAUGGAAAAUGUUUUAAAAAAAAGAGCUUCUGAAAAUAACCUGUGCCUUAUUACACACAUGGAAAAGCUUUACACAAUGAGCUCAUAUACUGGACCACUUCUUCUGCAGAUAGCCAAGUCUUAGAGCAGUUUUUGCCUAGGUGCACUCAGAUGCAGGUUCUUCACACUAAAUUUCCAACGGACACAGACACUCCUGUUAUGAAUAAUCAUGCACCCAGAGGGCAAGAUUCCUUCUCACUGAAAUUGAGCCUGAUUAUUUCCCCCCUCUGCUACCUUAUAAAAUCCUAUCAGCGAGUAAGCUGGAAAUGAUUAGCUUGCUGCUAAUCUUUAUUGGAGUGAUUGCUGUCAUGGGUCUCAGGAAGCGGAAAACCAGAAUGACUUUUUUUUUUGCAUUCUAUUAAAUUUCAGAGACUAGUGGCCUUAGCACGCUGUCUUCAACAAACCUGUGGACCUUUUUUUUUUAUAUAACUGUGCUGUACUGUUUUUUCCAGGCACUGAAUUAAAGUCCUUUUUCAACCAAUAA